AGUAACUGCAAAUAUGUUGGAAAAAAUUUUUAAAUAUAUUUUACGACACGAAAUUAGAAAAUUUAGUUACAAAUCAGUGAAAAGACCAGAUUUUUCACAAGAAAUUAAACAAAAAACCAAAGUGAUUACCGAGGAAGAAGGCAAAAAGACGAUUGAUCUAACUAAACAAUUGAAAGCGAAAAUAUUAGCCACCGGUCCUAUUACUGUUGCUGAUUAUAUGCGCGAAGUUUUAACUCAUCCUCAAGGCGGAUACUAUAUGUAUAAAGACGUAUUUGGCAGAGAAGGAGACUUUAUAACAUCACCAGAAAUUUCCCAGAUAUUUGCAGAGUUGGUGGGAAUUUGGCUUUUAACUGAAUGGUAUAAAUUGGGCAGUCUCGAAUUUCAGCUGGUAGAAUUAGGUCCCGGGAGAGGUACCUUAAUCCGUGAUUUGCUACGAGUUCUAACGCAUUUCAAGAUCGAUCCUCAAUUUUCCAUACAUCUAGUGGAGAUAAGCCCUUAUCUUGGCGGACUGCAAGCGGAGCGUAUAUGUCAUGGCUCCACAUCAAUAGAUGAUAAUAAAUCUCGAUUUUAUAGAAAGGGCGAAACUCCAUCCGGCAUAAAAGUAUUUUGGUAUAAACAUUUAGAAGAUGUACCCCGAAACUUUUCUUUAGUUGUCGCCCAUGAGUUUUUCGACGCUUUACCAAUACAUAAAUUACAAUUAGAAAACAAUUUGUGGAAAGAAGUGCUGAUAGACAUUGUUUCUAAUGUUUCGGAAAAGCCGGAAUUUCGUUUCGUUCUGUCAAAAGAACAGACCCCGGUCUCCAAACUUUAUCAACCAUUGAAAAGCGAUACAAGGUUAAGUUUGGAAUAUUCUUUGGAAUCGGAUAGGUUAAUUAGCAUGCUAGCGAAACGUUUACAAGAAGAUGGCGGCAUUGGUUUGGUAAUCGAUUACGGCCACUUUGGCGAUAAAACCGACACCUUCAGGGCUUUUCGCAAGCAUGCGUUACAUGACCCUUUAAUAGAGCCAGGCAGCGCCGAUUUAACCGCAGAUGUAGAUUUUCGUCGAAUGAAGCAUACCGCUGAGAAAAAUAAUGAAGUCAUUACUUUUGGGCCUAUUAAACAAGGAAUAUUCUUACAACAGAUGCAAGGUGACGUUCGCUUAGAGCGACUUUUGAAAAACGCUUUACCUGAAAAUCAAAGUCUUCUCAAAUCUGGCUAUGAAAUGUUAACUGAUCCGAAACAAAUGGGCGGUAGAUACAAAUUUUUCUCCAUUUUUCCGGCCGUAUUAAAAGAACAUUUAAACAAAUUUCCUGUUAACGGUUUUCGUUGAUUGCAAUAAUUUCAAAUAUACAUAGAUAUAAAUAUAUAUGUACAAAACAUAAUUGACACAACU